AAGAAAAUCGCGCAUAAGAGAGAACCUGCACGGUAGCCACAAGGCUUGAAUAAGGGGUCUAGGUAGUAGAGACUGCCUCAGAAUACCAUUUAUAAUGGGGGACAACGAGCGUCUUGAGGACGAGACAGUGACCAUCGUUGUGUUGGGAGAUUCGGGAUGCGGAAAAUCGACAUUUCUCUCAAGCUUGAAAUCCAACCCCCGCAGGGCCCCAGGACAACGACCAAACCCUGCAGAUAUCCAGAUACAUCUUCUCCGGGACAGUGACCAGCCCUUUCUUUAUGAUAUCCGCUUCUCAAAGAAAUCUUUCGCCCUUGAGGUAUAUGAUACAGCGAGUCCCAACCAGCAUUGGUCUACCCUGAAACCGGACGUUAUUCUUCUGGCGUUUGACAUCUCGAACAGAGAAACGUUGGAUAGCCUCAGGACCUGGCGAAACGAUAUCACUAGGUACUUCCAGUACGGGCAUGGAGAACGCAUUCCCAUCAUGAUGGUGGGUCUGAAGAGAGAUCUCAGGGUAGAAGGCGAGGGGAUUAUCUACCCACAAGAGUCGUAUCGGAUCGCGCAGGAACUCCGCUGUGAUCGGUAUGCAGAGUGCUCGGCUGUGACUGGGGAGCUUCUGGCGGAGACAUUCGAAGAUAUUGCCCGUCUAGCAGGGAUGACGACAACCAAAGCUGGUGGUCAGACUGCUGGGACCUGUGUUAUUUUAUGAUGCGUUUGAUACCCCUCGAGAUUUGUUUCCGGAUCCAUUAGUUUAUGCUUUCUUUUGCUGUACUAUAAAGAACUGGUUGGAGUUGGAUGUGUUGUAACUUCGAAUAUUGUGACAAAGCGAUGGGCGCGGUCGCUAUCAGCAUGGUUUCUACUUUAGCUACCUUGAGAUACUC